AUGUCCCCUCUCAGAGGUUACAUCACAUCAUACCCGCCACGAGUGCGCCAGUAUGGAAACGCGUUGUUGACGCCUGUGUACCCGGUGCAGACGGGUCCGACGCCGCGGACGACAAAGCGCGGAACCACGGCGAUCAAUUAUGCCGAGGACGGUUACGAUGAUGAUGAUUUUGAUGAGAGCGAUGGUCCUCGCCGGCCCACUGGGCUAAGGAGUCUGCGGCGCGAGGAAUCGACUGGUGGUAUGCUGGCGCCGAUGGAGAAACUGGGCAAGGAAGUGCAUGCGCCUGUCGAGGUGCAGGGUGUGUUUCGCGAAUGGAUGAUCAAACGGAUGCUGCGGCCUGCAUGUGCGGACCAACUACAAAUCCAAGCGCAGCUCCCCUUGACGCUGGUUCCGAUUCGAAUUGACGUGGAAGUUGCCGCGCAUCAACCCCUCGAACCGUUCCCUUUCCCCCGCCGCGUGAAUGAACAAAUUAUCAACCCGACCCUUCCUGCAUACCGGAGACCGGACCCUCUACCUCCCUUCAGAAUCAAGGACACCUUCCUGUGGAACCUCCACGAGGCUCUAGCUACGCCGGAGGAGUUUGCUAUUGGCUUUGUUCGUGACCUUGAUCUUCCCAACCCACAGGCGACGACGAUGACCAUCAGUAAUCAGAUUCGCCAACAAUUGGAAGAGUAUGCAGGUGUGGCCUUGCAUCCUCUUUUCCAAAGCAGCCAUUCAAUCCAUGCUCCGAGCGUGCCCCCACAGAUGGAUGCUUCGCGAGAUGUAUCCAUGACUCCAGCUGCGACCAACGUCGAUACACCUGAUAGCCGGGUCAACGGGGCUACAGUAACGGUCACAAAAGAGGCAUUGGUGAACGACAGUCUUCUGAACCCGGAUGAUGCAUACCGGUGUCUGAUCAGUCUCAACAUUAACCUUCAAAAUAAGCUCUACACAGAUAAGUUCGAGUGGUCUUUGCUUCAUCCUCCCGGUAUGGCCGAGGAAUUUGCUCAGAUUACUUGCGCCGAUCUACAUCUCGGUGGAGAAUGGGUGAGCGCGAUUUCACAUGGCAUCUACGAGGCCGUCUUGAAGUUGAAGAAGGAGGUCUGCGAAAGCGGCGGCCUGAUCAAUGGCUACGGAAAUGAGAUCGACAAUCAAGCGGCCAACGGUGUGGAGGCUGGCUGGCGAUACGAUCCCGAGACCCUGGGUGAUAAGUGGCAGCCUCAAGUUGAGACUCUUUCCAAGGAGGAGAUUGAGAGGCGGGAGGGUGACCGUGAGCGUGAAAUCCGACGUGUACGACGAGAGACUGCACGGUUCUCUUCAACUACGGGCAUCACGCCAGAGGUGUCUCGGCAGAGCAGUGGUGGCUACUUUGAUGUUGAUAGUGAGACCCCGUUGGGUCGUGGUGAGCGGAAUAAGCGGAAGCGUCGCUUCCGUAGUCUCAGCCCGUUGGGUAGAGGCACACCUGGCGGUCGAGGCACUCCGGAAACAGGAUCAGGUGCUGGGUACGGUGGCGGAGGUGGUACUCUCACGGAUUGGGAACGACAAAGCUGGCGAUGCAGCAAUUGUAUGGUUUGGGGUACAGCCGUCUGGGCAGUACGAGACGGACCGGAUGGCCCUCGUACUCUUUGCCACAACUGUGGUUUCCUAUACGAGCGGGACAAGACCACCCCAGAAUGGUCAAGAGAUCUGCACCGUCACGAUAUCCCCGUCGGCCGGUUUACCUAG